AUGUUGCUGCUAUUUUUUCUUAAUUUUCUAUAUUUUUCUCACGCCGUUUUUAUAGACAAAUAUAGAGAUUAUAAAGAUUAUAAAUACUAUGAAUUGACCGGGAGUAGAGAGGGAUUGGAGAAUUUAAGAAAAUUCAUGCUCAAUGUAGACGAAAGUCUAAUACAUUCGGAAUCUCUUAACAAAUCAGAAAUUAUCCUUUCACCUCACUUAGUAUCAUUAUUUCGUGAAGCUGUAAAAAAGGAAAAUUUAAAAGUUAAAGUUCUACACGAUGAUAUAUCCAAAAUAAUCCGCUUAGAAAAAGGAAAUACGCGUCGGCGUAUAAAGUUUUCAUGGAAUUCAUAUUAUGAUGUUAAUGAUAUCCACCAGUUUAUCUUGAAUACAACAAAAGUCAAUCCCGAAUGGACAGAGUUGAUUGUAGCUGGCCAAAGUUACGAAGGACGAAAAAUAUUAGGAUUAAGAAUUAAUACGCCUUAUGAAAACGGACAGAGGGAAACCGGAAAACCUGUAUUUUUCAUUGAAUCGGGGAUUCACGCACGCGAGUGGAUAGCGCCCGCAACGACAACUUACUUCAUCAAUCAAUUACUAACAAGCCGCGACCCGGACAUAAGGAGGCUGCGAGAUCAGUUCGAUUGGAGGAUCUUCCCCACAGUUAAUCCUGAUGGAUACCACUACAGUUACAAUGUUGAUAGAUAUUGGAGAAAAACACGAUCUUUAUCAUCAAAUGGCUGUCGUGGGGCUGAUCCCAAUAGGAACUGGGACUAUAAUUGGGGCCAACAUUCAGCAUCGAGUCGUCCGUGCGAUUAUCAGCUUUAUGCCGGCUCCAAGCCCUUUUCGGAAAUUGAAACAAGAACUCUCUCAAAAUACAUCUCGUCCAUAGACAACUUGCUUUUCUAUGUUGCCUUUCAUUCGUAUGCCUCGCUGUUACUACUGCCUUAUUCCGACUCUGUGGAACAUGUUGAUAAUUAUGAUGAUUUGGUCCAAAUUGGUCAGCGUUCAAUCGAAUAUGGAAGUCGAGUUAACGGCGAAAAAUAUGACGGUCCAGGCACAGCCGCGGAAACUUUGUAUAAAGCGUCGGGCGGCAGUAUGGACUGGGUACGAUAUGCCCUUAAAACUCCUUUAGUGUACACAUAUGAGUUGAGGGGCUCAUCGUUCCACUGGCCUCCAGAGAAAAUACCAGAACAGGGUGAUGAAGUUGUGCAGAUGAUGCUGGGUCUCGCCGAUGGUGCUAAAGAACUUGGAUAUUAUUAG